AUGAUCCCACUUCGAACAAUCGCAUUGUCAUGUUUGGCCCUGGCCCCUGUGGCUGUCUCGGCUGGCGCAUGCAAGCCCAGAUCCACCGAUCUAACAACGGCCGCCUCGUCCACUCUGGAGACCGCGUCUACCUCCGAAGCCCUACAGUCAACCCCAACCGAUCUGUCAACGACCAUCGCUUCGACAAUUGAGACGACAACAGAGGCAUCUACCAUCGAAACCACCUCCGAAGCUGCUGCCACUACUUCCAGCCCUCCAUGCCCAAGCUACACCCAAAUUGUUCCGCCUCCCAGCGGUAAAGUCUGCGGCAAAGCAGUUACCAGAGGAACUUUCCAAUCCUCGCCCCUCUACCUCGGAUCUGAACUAUCAACGACUGGCCUCACCGGAUGCGCCAAGUACUGUGGAGAUACCCCAGGCUGUGUAUCCUUUUAUGCGGAAGAUUAUGUACCCGGGCCAGGUGCGCCGACUUACAAGAUUUGCUUCAAGUUUAAGGGAUAUGAGGAGGAUAUUUCUUUUGGUGAGGGACAGAAUGGGGGGUCGGCGUACUAUGAACAGGGCUGCUUUGCUUGUGUUCGUGACGAGGCGCCUCAGUCGCCUAUCCCAAGUUAA